AUCCAGCUGGUCAGGAUGGCCUGGAGUUCAGGAGGAAGAGUCAAGCUUGUAACGUCCCUCCCGGAAACGCCCUUUACUUCCUCGCCACCAAAGCCGCACACCGGAAGUGAGCCUUGCCGGCUUGGGCCGCUCAAUGAACGGCCCGCCCCGGGUCCAGAUAACAUGGUGGGCGCAGGCGGCGGCGCUGGCCUGGGCGGCCUCUUGGAGAACGCGAACCCGCUGAUCUACCAACGGUCCGGGGAGCGGCCCGUCACCGCAGGCGAGGAGGACGAUCAGGUCCCUGAUAGCAUCGACGACCGAGAGAUCUUCGACCUGAUCCGGUCCAUCAAUGACCCCGAGCACCCGCUCACCUUGGAGGAGCUGAAUGUCGUGGAGCAAGUGCGGGUGAAAGUUAAUGACAAGGAGAGUACAGUGGCUGUGGAAUUUACUCCCACAAUCCCUCACUGCAGUAUGGCAACAUUAAUCGGCCUGUCCAUCAAAGUCAAGCUGAUCCGCUCCUUGCCUGAAAGGUUCAAGAUGGAUGUUCACAUUACUCCUGGGACACAUGCCUCAGAACACGCCGUGAACAAACAGCUUGCUGACAAGGAGCGCGUCGCAGCAGCUUUGGAGAAUUCCCAUUUACUGGAAGUUGUAAACCAGUGUCUGUCGGCUCGUUCCUAGCUCCUUAGGAGAGGAGCCCCCUCCUGAGGAUCCUGCCGUUCUCACCUGUCCAUCCGUGUCCUGUCUGCCUUCCCCUCUUCCCCCUUCCCCUCCCCACCCCGUUUGUCACUCACACCCCAUUGUGUGUCUGAGGAAAUGCGUAGGACAUGCUGUGCCCUCUACAGCCACUUGGCAGACAGCUGUCUGGGUGGGCACAAAGGGGUACAAGGAAAUGAGUUGUGCCACUGAAGAGGACAUUGAAAAUACUUUAAUAAACCUUUAAUUUAUACUUCACUGUUAAAAAA